AUGGAGUACCUUCCGGUACAAGACGAAUCACGAAUCGAAUGCGUGAUGUGCAUUGUGAACCCGCGUGGCAAGCCCAGGAGGUUCUUUCUGCUGUAUCAAUCCGAGUGCCCCGGCAACGGUCGAAAAGAACACCGUGACAUCGCGAAGCUUGAAUCAGGGUCUGGGUGCAGCGAAGUGAACGCGGAAUCGGGUGCCAACAUGUUCCGCACAUUCACUGAUGUAGUCGCACACACCCUGUGCUUCGUGGUGUUCUUUGUCACCUUCAUCCCUUCCCUCUUAUUCUCAAUGCUCUGGAAAAUGAUCGUUCGCGUUCUGCUUUACUUGGAAUACGGCUCCAAUGCGGAACUUAUGGCGGCUUGUGAUGCAGUCAGUGCCCACAAGCCAGCUCCAAGCAAAGAAGGACUCAUCAACGCUUUAUUUCAUAUACGUGGCUCCAUUCCUUUGAAGGAGAUCCGCAGACGGGUCUCUGAGAAUCUCGUUUGCGCCCAAACUGUGGAUGGGAGAAGUCUUUAUCCUCGGCUCAUGCGAUGUGUGCAGUCCAAGUAUGGGCUGUAUGUGUGGAAUCAGGCUGAAACGUUUGACCUCCACUGGCAUGUUGACUACUUCCGGGACGAGGCUGGGACCAAAGUGACGUACAAGAACCGUGAAGACCAGUUGGAUGUUAUUCAGAAGAUCAUAAAUGCGCCGAUGUUCGAUUCCAAGACGUCUCCAUGGCGUGUUCUGCUGGUGAACAAAGAAGAUGGUAGUGAUUGUAUCCUGGUAUUGCGGUGUCAUCAUAGCAUGCUGGAUGGUGGGGCUGCGUUUAUGGUUGUGCUGCCUGCUGUUGCUGACCAGAUCAAAGGAUCAGAUGGCUUUGGCAACAUCAAGCCCUCAUCCAAGGUUGUGAGGAUGCGGAAUAAAGUGCUUGGCAUGUUGUGUGUGCCCCACAUCAUCUCCAGACAGUUGUGUUUGAGAGACAACAAUCCGCUGAGAUCAGCAGCAAAUGUUGAGGAGCCACCAAGUGGCAAGUGGUGUUACUGGAGUGAUCCAAUCCCCCUGGCCAAAGUGACGGAAGUGAGGAAGAAGACUAAUGUGAGAUUCAGCGCAGUGCUCAUAACGUGCAUUGGAAGGGCUGUGACCAGGUACUUGAAGCUACCUGAAGUGGCCAAGACCUUCAAAGGAAAUGCGAUGAUCUCGGCCUAUCAGGCAGUAUCCAUGUGGACUCCGGAAGAUGUCCCUAGCCUGGAAAACAAGAUUACUGGGAUUGCAACGGGAAUCACACCGAAUCCCAGCAAGAAUGCGUUGGAGCAGCUCUUAGAGGCAAAUGAGAACCAGGAACACUGGCUGAGGCAAGAGUUUCUCUGGGGCAGUUACACUUUCAGCAACCUUACAACAAAUACUGUGCCACAUGUGAUUCCUGAGAAAUUUAUCAUUCCUUGGUUGCUGGGAGGAGUGACAAUGUUUGUGAGCUCAGCCAUGGGCCCUUCCAAUUUCUUCACUGUCAAUGGAAAUGAAGUCUACAGUUUGACUGGGAUCAUGCCUCUUCCACCCACUACAUGUCUUGGAUUUAUUAUGCUGAGCUAUGGGGACAAGCUAGCUGUGUCUGUGACUGGACGCAAGUAUGCGUUUCCUGAGCUAGAAGACCUGAAGAAGCUGGACACCAUGCUGCAUGAGGAGUUUGACAACGUGCACAACGCCAUUGUGGCCCAGGAUUAACAGAGUCUUGUGAUGAAAAGAGGAAAAGGAAAUUAAGUGGAUUGUUGUAGGAUGUGGAAGGUGCAUAAGAUGGGGGUGUAUAUGUAAAGGACUGUGAUAAGGAAGCUUUGCGUGUUUGUAUCUACGUUUUGUGAACAGGGUACAUUUUUUGGAUGACAAAAGGGGUGGGUUUAGAAUUUAGAUGGUAGGAAGAAUACAGAUGGGGGCUAGGAUUGCCACAAUUGCAAUUAGAAUGUGGCUGGGGAAACAAUUUUUUUUUAUUAUUGCUUUAUUUCUACUUUGUGGCCCAGGCUUGUUUGUUUCAGUUUUUCAUCACGAGAAAUCUCUGUACUGUGAACAUGAGGAAAUGCCAACAUCUUUGGCCUCGAAAAAGUUUUUUUUAAACAUAAUGGACAUGAACGGGUUUCUGUUCGUUAGUGAAGUGUUAAUGCGGAAAUCGAAUGACAUAGCUACCGUUCCAAUUUUCUUAGAAUUUUUUUGUCUUCUGAUGAAUGCGUAGAUGGAAAGUUAAAAGGGUGUCAAACGAAGUCAUUUUGCAUAAUUGCAAAUUUAUCCAUUACGGUGAGGAAUUGCUUCAAUUUUGGGUAUGUGUUACCAGCAUUCAUUAAGGCACACGUAGUCAUUCCAAGUUCCAGCCAUUUUCAGAUUUUUUUUUGUGUUUAUGAGUACAUUUGAACAAGAUUUGAUGGGGUCCAACGGAAAUAAGUCCAAGCUCUCUUGACUUAUUCACCAGAAAUGUUGAUGCACUUGAGCGAGUUUGCUCACAAAUUUGAAAACUUUUUUUCUGUGGUGCUUAGCAACUCAUUGGACACCUUUUUUUACGUGCCAAGACUGAAAUUCUUCAUGAAUAUUGGAUGCAAAUCAGUUUUAGGAUGAGCUUCUCAAUGAAGAGAAGCCUGGUUUCUUCAAUUCAGUUGACUAAAUCCUCAGUUAUAUUGGUUGGUGGAACAAGGGACUGCUUUUGCAUUUGUGAUUGACAAUAAGUGGAUUAAAAGACAUCUCGACGGGACGAAAAACGAGAAAAAAAAGGAAUCGGGGUGUUUCCUGGCGCAGGCAAAGUAUCGUUUGUCCUGCUUAUUGCUGAGUACUUUACUGGAGAAUAUAUACAUGGAACUCGUGAGAGUUAUUUUAGGAUUCAGGCUCGGUGUUACUCUGAAGUGCAAUUUUUUUUGUUCAGUGAACUCAAAAAUAGUUGAGAAUGUAUGGAAACUAGUGGUUGAAGUUUUUGGGAACUGUUUGGAAGAAACUUAUUUUUCAGCAGCCUGUUAUUCUCGUGUUAUUUAUUUCUUUUGUUCAUCGAGUCUCUUUUGUGUCAUCUAAUUUUGAUGCAUUUGAUUGGAACAGAUUGAAUAAUGGCUGAAUAUGCAUGAAUACGAAAGUUUUUGCAUCAAUCGUGUUUUCCUCUUUUAGUGACAUUGCGAGUCCUGCUAACGCUUGUGUCUAGAUUAUGGAGAAGGAAAGGAGGGAGUUUGUGUAGGAAAU